AUGUCCCACCGCGUGGACACAGCCUACUACGGCGGCCAUCACCCCUCCCCCAGCCUUUCAUACGAGCCCGUUCGGCGGUCUGGCAGUCCGCCUCCAUCAGAGCUCGAGAAACCACUCCAGCGACCCGGUUGGUUCGCUCGUCUCGUCGAUACCUGGCUCUACGAGUUCCUCUCGAUCCUCUUCAGUCUCGCCUGCAUGGGCGGCGUCGCCGCGACCCUCAUAAUCUACGACCAGGAAGCACAGCCGAGUUUCGCGUACGGCAUCACCCUCAACGCGAUUAUUUCUCUCCUCGGGACGGCUUCCAAAUCGUCACUGAUCUACGUGAUUGGAGAAUGCAUGGGGCAGCUGAAGUGGGUGUGGUUUUCCAAGGCCGAGAAGAACCGACACCAGCGGCUUGACCAGAUGCAGUAUUUUGACGGGGCGAGCCGUGGACCGCUUGGGUCGUUGUUGCUUAUCCUGCGGCAUCGCGGUGCGUCGUUUGUUUCCUUUGGUGCGCUUCUUGUUGUCGUCACGUUGCUGUUCGACCCGUUCAUGCAGCAGAUCAUCAAGUAUCCGCUGCGAGAGGUCGACACGGUUGAUGGAGCGACUGCGUCGGCACCGCAAGCAUUCGCGCUUCUCCCGGAGACAUUGCAAGAGGGCGUGCCGACAAUCAUCUACACAGGCAUGUGGGGGAGCGAUUUUGAGGUUGAGCCGACCUGUCCCUCGGGGAACUGUACAUGGCCUGCGUUCGAGUCCGUGGGCAUGUGCACUCGAUGCGAAGACGUGACUGCAGUCGCUGUACUCGGGGACUGUGACGGCACUCUCGACACCACAUCGACCGGAACACCCGACCCGGUCGAGUGCAAGAUUAUGCUCCCAGAGGGCAACUAUAUGGGCGCUAAUCAGACUGUCGAGGUCAACCUUGGCGUCAACUCUGUGCAGUGGACGCUGGAUUUCCCUGCCCAUGCGGUGUGGGUCGUAGAUUACCAGGUCUCAUUCAACAGCAACAGUGUCUACUCUGGUCUCGAGAACCCCCUUGUUGCUGUCGCAUAUGCGCAGCUGGGACUUGUCCAGGACACGAACGAGGCGGAUACGCCGGCCUUUGACCCAGCAACCGCCCUGCAACUAAAAAGCGUCACGCAAUGCGCCAUGUCUCUCUGUACCCGAACAUACAACAUUGCCGUGACCGGUGGCGUCCCCUCAAUAAACGUGUCCGAGCCUAUAUACGGGAAAUUCUUCGAGAAUCCGAAAAACACGGGGACCAGCUGCUGGAGACCGGGGAAUGACUCGUCACCGGUGGACGUGACCCAGCUGACCGACACCAGCUUCGCAGACCCGAACGAAUUCGCAUUCUGCCCUACGGGAUCUGGAGACUACCGACUAUUCGAAUACUUUGAAGGCGAGAUCCGGAGCUACAACCGGACAUCCGGCUCCUCUGGUCAAUGGAUCGACAACGAGGACAAGUUCAACACGGGCGCGUUGGGCAAUACAAACCUCCGCCCGCGAGUGCCCCUAGUCGAACGGAUCAGCGCGGUCGGACUCGAAUACGUGAUGACCAACAUCGCCGCCUCAUUCACGAAAGCAGGACUCAUGGCCAGCCGAGCUACAGUCGCGGGAACCGUCCGAACCGCCGAAGUGUAUGUCAAUGUCGAGUGGUGGUGGCUGAUCCUCCCCGCUGCCCUCGUUGCACUGGGGACAGUCUUCUGGCUCUUGACGAUGGCGAUUAAUCGGCACCAGCGGCUUCGACUGUGGAAGUCGUCGGUCCUUGCUUUACUCUUCCACGGUUUGGAGAAUGUGCCGCGGUAUGAGGAGCACGAUCGGUAUGCGAAAGCGAGCAAUAUGGACCAGACUGCGCAGGGGUUGGCGGUCAAGUUGGAUGUCCUGGAUCAGAGCAAGGGAUUCAUGCUGCAUCGUGUUUGA